AUGUCAGAGGGAACCACUGCUGUUAAUGAAAUGACAGAGACCGGUCCUAAUGCUGAGAAUGAGGUUUCCAGGAUACUUUCCGGCUUUCUAGGAGUCUCCAAGGAAGAGUUGGGCUCGGUAACAACAGAUCACGUGAUGACAGAGUGUAUACUGGCUAGGGCUCGAGAGUUCAAUGAUUUACAGUCUAACAAUAUGAAACUCCAUGCUACCAUUGAUGAGAUGAAGGUGCUGUGCUCCAGGAAAGUGGAAACUUUGCAAUCAAAAGUGGAAGACUUGACGAAAAAUGAAGAGUGUGGUAAGGAAGCCGAGAUCCGGUUGCGCGAGCAGGUUUCUCAGUUGACCGCUGAAAAAGAAUUGGCUACAAAUAAACUGAAUAGAGCCCAACGGGAGUUGCAGGAUGUUCAGAGUCAGAAAGAUGGACUUAUAGCCGGCAAGCAAGAUAUUGUCAAGCUGCUGGACGAAAAAAUAGGCGAGUUGGAAGCUUCGAAGAAAGAAACGAAUGAUCUGCUCAAAGAGAGUAAGCACCUCCGCCAGCGCCUUUUAGAGGUAGAAAACGAGAUCCAAGAUUACAAAAGCAAGGAACUGAGCAAUAAGUCUGAAAUUGAAGUUAUGAAGCAGCAAGUAGCGCUACUCACCAAGAACAACGAAUGGCUGGAGAAGGAUAUCAUGACGAAAACCGAACAAUUCAUUAAGUAUAGGAAAGAGAAUGAUGUGGAACUACAAGCAUCACUGAGGGAGCUCGCUUCCAUCAAAAGUGAGUUCCAGGUUGAGAAAACUUCACGCGAAUUUCUCACUGCCAAAAAUCAUGAACUUUCAAAAGACUUGCAAGCGAAGCUGCUUGAAGUUAAAAGCUUGAGCGAUACGCUCAAUACCGAAAGACAGGAGUUUUCUCGUGAAAUGUCAUUGAAGCAGAAACUUAUAGAACUUCUUGAAGAGCAAGUCGGCUCUUUACAAAAGGAGAUACGGCUAGCUGCCGAUAAUAAAGCCUCGGACAUCGACAACGAAAAUGAACUGUCACUUGGAAAAGAAGGACGCGAAAAUGAAGUGGCUCUGCUGCAGCAAAAGUUGGAAGCUUCGGAGCAUGAGUGCUUGCGUUUAGAGGCGGUUGUGCGUGACCUUUUGGGCGAGGGGAAUGAAGAGAAAGAUGCUUCUCCAGCAUCACGAGAUCUCUCGUCAUCCCGAAUAUAUGGUGAUCUGAGCGUUCUGAAAAAGCAGCUGAUAAAAGAGAGACAUCAGAAGGAGAAUCUACAGCGACAGGUCGAGUCUUUUAUAGUGGAGCUUGAGUAUAAGAUCCCAUUCAUCAAUUCUCUAAAGGAUAGAACUUCUGCUUUAGAAAAGGAAUUAAAUGACGCUGCACUUUUACUUGAACAUACCUCUAACGAGAAGGAAAAGGCAACCAGAGAGUUAGAGGUGGCUUCUGGAAAAAUCGAACAGUAUGAGACAAAUAUAAAUACCCUUGUCAGGCAAAGAUCCGAUCUAGCACGUCAAGUGCAGUUCCUCUUGGUUAACGUUUCGGUGCACAACGACUCGAGAGGUCCCCUUACUGACGAAGAAACUGCCUUUAUCAGACGACUGAUCGAAAAUGAGGACCCUGGCAAUGACAGUGACUCACAGAGGAUCAUAACUGAACGUUUGGUAGAAUUCAAAGACAUAGUUACGCUACAGCAAAGAAAUUCAGAAUUGCUGAAAACUGUAAGAAACCUUGCAGCCAAAUUGGAGGAAGAGGAGCUAAAGGCUAGUAAGAAAAUCGAUUCCCUGGAAAACGAAACGAUUAACGAAGCCAAACAGGCAAUAGUAAUACUUCAAGAAUAUAACGCUAAGAUGGAGUCGCAGAUGGAGAUCAUCACAAAGGAACGCGAUGCAUACAAGGCAAUUCUGUCGGAUAGAGAGAGUGCUAAAGAGAGCUCAACUGCCAGGCAAUUUGAGAGCCUGAAUAAAGAUAAAGAAGAUUUGAUAAAAGAUUUGGAACACCGCUUGUCUACCUUAUCUGCUGAAGCUUCAAAAAAUGUUCAAAUUCUCAACGAGGAAAUUCAAAACUUGCAUAAAAUAAAAACUGACCUGACUGUCACUCUUGAGAAAGAGAGAUCAUCAAGAACAUUGGCAGAGGAGAGAUUGAAGUUACUUCAAGGUACUUUGGAGAUGGCCAAGCAAGAAAAUGCUCAGCUGCUGAAAAGAUUUCACGAUCUAGAGAAUAACAUGUCCAGUCAGGAGGUGAAAACAACCGAAACAGUAAACAAGUUUAUAGCCUGCCAGUCCAGGCUAUCAGUUCUUGAAUCGAAAGCUGCUUAUCUAGAAGAAGAAAAGUCUAUUUUGAUGGCAUCUAACGAAACCAUGAAAAAUAACCUUCAAAAGCUUAUGGAAGAGAAGAACUCCCUGACUAUUGUAAUAACCCAGCUGCAAACCUUACAGUCGGAACGUGAAACUCUUCUGAAAGACACUCAUGCAUCAUACAAGGAAAAACUUAACCAAAUGCAGCAGAAUUUGUCAAAUUUAACAUCGACGAUAGAGUCCAAAGAGGAAAAGAUAAGGACAAUUGAGCUAUCCAGGGAUGAUCAAAUUGUUUGGUAUCAAACUAAGAUGGAUACGAUGAGAGAUGAGGAAAAACAAUUGCAAAAGGAAAUUACUGAGAAGCAGGCCUUAAUCGGGCAACUGAGAGCACAUAUCGAAGACAUUACAAAACGUCUUGAAGAAAAAGAAAGCAAUAAUUCCGCAGAGGGCCCUUCCGAGGAUGUUGUAGGCGCUGAAUCAAGCGAGCUGAAGGUACGUCACAAUCUUGAAAAGAUGUCGCUGCAACUCAAACACGCUUAUUCACAGGUUGAACAAUACAAAGAAAUGUCCUCUGCAGUUGAGGAAUCGUAUCAAAAGCUGCAGAGUCAGUAUGAUUGCGCGAAAGAGGAAUUUGAUUCCGAAAUCAAGAAGCUGCUAUCCGAAAAAUCUCAGCAGGAGUCUGAGAUUAGUCGAUUAAAGAACAACAUCGAUUUUUUGAACAACGAAUAUGCAGCACAAAGGAAUAAGACUGAACAAGAGAAGCACGAACUUUCAAAAAGAAUAUUUUCACUGGAAGGAAGUAAAAAUGCCCUUCACAAUGUUGAGAUGAAGAUUAAGCAAGAAAUAGAUCAACUGAAGAGUGAUCUGAAGCAACAAACGGUUUAUGCAAACGUUGCUCAAUCGAAUUACGAAGAAGAGCUUCAGAGACAUGCAGAGGCGGCUAAAGUCAUUCGUCAAUUGCGUGCCGAAGUUGAGACCGAGAGAAUUGAGACACAAAAGCUGAAAGCUUCAGAGCAUCAAGCAAGAGAACUACUCGAAUCUAAUGAAAAAAACUGGUUUAAUCAGAAGGCCGAGUUGGAAAGAGAUUUAGAAACCUACAAGGAACGUAUGGAGGAUCUCUCGAACCAGAAUAAACUGCUAUUUGACCAAAUUCAGUUAUUUUCAAACAGCGCUGAAAAUACAGGCAGCGAAUCACACGCGGAAAGUAGAGAACUUCUGACAAAUCUGCGCCGUGAAAGAGAUAUUCUUGAAACGAAACUCACCGUCAGCAAAAGGGAGGAAAAGGUUUUACAUCAACGUCUGCUGUCUCUAGAAGACGAACUGAGUGAAAUGAGAAAGAAAUUAUUGAAGUCACAGGCUGACGAUGUAGAUCAGACUACUCUUGCUAAGCAACAUUCGGAAAUUAUGGAACAACUGAAUCAAAUGAACCUUUUGCGAGAAAGUAAUAUUACACUCAGAAAUGCGGCGAACGCCGCGCAAGAGAAAAAUGUUGAGUUGCAGAAGGAAUUAGCGAAUCUCCAGGAUAGGAUCUUGCCCCUAGAAUGCGAAAUUGAAAAUUGUCGCAGAUGCAUCGAGGAGAGGGACCAAGAAAUUGAAGUGUUGCGUGACGAGACGGAACGUUGGAAGGCUCGUUCCCACGAUAUACUGCGCAGGCAAGAAAAGAUUGAUCCGGAAGAGCUUAAAAAGCUGGAAGAGCAGGUUGCUUCACUACAGGAACAACUAAAACAAAGAAUCAAAGAAAAUACUGACUUGGACGAUCGAUUUAAUAGAUUAAAAAAGCAGGCACACGAGAAGCUGAACGCUUCAAAAAUCACACAAGCUAAUCUCAGUGCUGAGUUAAAUGAUCUUGCUGGCGCAAAGACGAAGCUGGAAGAAAUGCUGAAGGAAGCACAAGUCAAAGUAACCGAUCUUGAGAGAAUGCUGUCUGAGAAGGAUCGUGAUUCCGCAACGAUUAAUGAUUUACGAAAUGAACUCGAGACCGCCGUUCAAAAGGCAAAAGAGAUCGAAGCCACGCUCCAAGAGACUACUCAGAACUCUGAAGGAUUGGUAAAUCAAUUGAAUGGUGAAAUAAGCAAUUUAAAGCAGCAAAUUAAUGCUCUGAAAGAGAAAGAAUCAGGCACCCUGGAACAGGGCCAGGAAAAGGAUAUAUCGACUAUUGUUGAGUCCAUGAAGAAAGAUUUUGAGGAAGAGAAGAUAAAUUUUGUUCACGAGCUGAGAAAAGAAUACGGUGAGAAACUGGAAGAGGAAAAAGCUAAGUUAAGCUCACAGUUAGCAAGUUCGGAAGAAAAAGAAGAUCUGAACGAACUCAAAAGAAGAUGGGAAGAAACUCAGGAGGAAGCCGUUCUACGGAGGAUUAAAGAAGCGGAGGAAAAUUUGAAGAAGCGCAUACGUAUGCCCACCGAAGAGAGAAUCAAUAAAGUCUUAGAGAAGAGAAAAGCUGAGCUCGAAGAGGAGUUUCAAAGAAAGCUAAGCCAGAACACUCUGCAAUCGAACCAAGAAAGUGAGUCGCUGAAGGAAAAUUUGAGGGAAGAACUUCAGAAAGAAUUUGAAACCAAAUACGAAGAGCUUCUUGGAACGGUCAAGAAGAAAGCCUUUGAGGAAGGAAAACAGCAGGCUGCGAUGAAAAGCACUCUUCUCGAAAGAAAAAUCUCAAAGCUUGAAGCUCAACUCAACAAGGGUAUGCCGUCAUCCACUGAGCCGGUGGCGCCGGCAAAGAAUAACGGUAUUCCUUCCAAGAUUGAUGAACGCAAUGGGGUAAAUAUUGGAGCCACUCAGCUUCCAGUUUCCGGUGAGAAAGUUCUGAAGCUACUGGAUAAACCAAGCUUUCAAUUGCAAAAACCAUCCAGCUCCAAUCCGUUCACAUCAGGCCCUCCUGCAAACGAUAAUGCUCUUGAAAUGAAGCCCGCUUUUACGAUUCCACUCAAUCAUUCAAAUACUAAAUCAGAUUCCGAUGUAGGCGCUGCAGCUUCCGACCGACAAGGCAAAUUGGAGUCCACUUCACCGCAGCCUGGUAAGGAACAACAAAAGGAGAAUACCUCUGAUGGUCAGAUUGUAAACUCUAAGGACCUUUACCAACAAACUGGAGAGGCAAGUCCGCUAAAAAGACCAGCAGAUAGUCUUCCCAAUGAUGGAACCAGACCGAAGCGUGAAAAGCAAGAAUCGAGCCAAACCGAUCAUUGA